AUGCUCGAUCGCAAGGACAAUGUGGAAAAAUGUCACACCAACACCUGUGAAUGGAUUUUUGAACGGGAUGAGUACCAGUCCUGGAAAAACAAGUCCCGUGGCCUUUUAUGGAUUAAGGGCAAGCCGGGUGCGGGGAAAUCGACUCUGAUGAAGUUCCUGCACGAAAGUCUCCAGAUCCAGAAAUCACAAGCUGAAGACCAGACACUUCAACUCGACUUCUUCUUUUCUGCUCGGGGCACAGAGUUGCAACGUACACCGCUAGGGAUGCUCAGAUCAUUGCUGAAUCAAAUUUUUGACCGCGACGCGACCGUGCGCCCCCAGAUGCGUGAAUCUUACGAAAAACGAUGCAAGCAAUUUGGGUAUGGUGAACGAACAUGGGAAUGGCCACGGUCAGUGCUAGAAGAUUUGCUGGCAAGCGUCAUCCUGGAAUCUGCCAACCAACAGACUGUGAAAGUUUUUGUGGACGCUCUAGACGAGGCCGGGGCCGAGUCCGCUCAGCAAUUGGCAGCAUAUUUUCAUCGGCUGGUCGAUCGUGCUGGGAUAAAGGAGGCAGCCCUGAAAGUAUGCAUCUCGUGUCGACACUACCCUAUUAUGGAAAAUGUCCGAGCUAUGGAGAUUCAUGUCGAAGAUCACAACGGAGAGGACAUCGCCAUAUAUAUCAAUGAUAUGUUGAUUGACAUUGACCUCGGAAAGGAUCCCACACAGCUGGUAGGGGAAUUAACCCAACAAGCCAACGGACUGUUCCAAUGGGCCCAAAUAAUGAUGCCUCUUAUAAGGCGAAAAUACAUUGAGGGGGAAUCAUUUGAGGAAAUCCGUUCCUGGCUGUGCGAGGUCCCAGCCGGUCUGGAAGACGUCUAUAUAUACACUCUGAGAAAGGUGAUCGAGGCAAGAAAUCGGGAACUAUCAUUCCAGUUAUUUCAAUGGGUAUGUUUGGCCGAGCGACCAUUGACCAUGGCAGAAAUGCGAUAUGCCUUGGUGGCUAAGAAUGCCCAAAUAUCGCCUUUUCCAAUGAGAUGGGAGGAUAUCCAUGGUUUUAUCGAAAGCGACGACCGUAUGAAGCGAAGAAUAAAAACUCUCUCUGGUGGACUGGUGGGUAUAGCCCCAAGCCAGGAUAACAACGAGACCGUACAGGUUGUACACCAAUCGGUCAAUGACUUCUUGCGUGAUAAAGGACUAUGGAUCUUAUCUUUUGAUCUUAACACCGAAAAAUUCCCCAAAGAGAAGGAAUCAAUUCUUCUUUAUUGCCAUGCAGAUCUCUACCGAUCUUGUCUCAUUUAUCUUUCUACAACUUAUAGGCAACAUGAGUUGUUGGACGAGAAGGAGGGACAAGAGGCGCCGAUCGAAGAGAAGGAAAGACGAUAUGCACUGAUCCGGGACCAUCCAUUUGUGCAUUAUGCAACCACCUAUCUGUUCAUUCAUGCGGAAAAAGCAGCAAGCUCCAGAUCUGCCGCUCUGCAGAAUGAAAAAGAUAUCCUGCAACAAGUGGGUCGUCAAUGGACCGAAUAUUGCCGGUUUCUUAAUCGCGGAAGUUAUUUAUGCCCGCCGAGAGGGACAACAAUAUUACAUAUGGCUGCUGCUGCCAAUCUUGAUGACCUUUUAGAUUGUAUCUCAUCAUGGGGGAAGGAUUUCGAAAAGAGUGACAAUCAUGGAAAUACCGCGUUCCAUUCAGCAGCUCGGCGGGGCCAGAUAAAAGCCGGCAAAAUACUUCUGCAAAAUGGGGCAGACUCGGAGGCAAAAAAUAUCUAUGGCUUUACAGCAUUGAUGGAAGCGGCUGGCCGUGGACAUGUGGAAUUUGUCCAUUGGCUGCUUCCUGGGGGUAUGAUACUUGAUGAAGAAACAGCUGGAGAUGCGCUGCAGAAAGCAUCAUCGGGAGGGUACCGGAGUGUUGUCGAACUGUUCCUCGGGGCCGGAGCUGAUGUCAAUACUCAGGGUGGUCGAUACGGUACUGCUCUACAGGCCGCUGCCUCUUUUGGAAGAACUGAGAUAGUCCGUCUACUUCUCAACGCUCAUGCAAAUGUGAAUGCCCAGGGUGGCCAUUACGGCAAUGCUUUACAGGCUGCUGUAUAUUAUGAAAACCUUGAGAUCGUUCGUCUACUUCUUGACGCUCAUGCGGAUAUAAAUGCCCAGGGUGGUGAAUUCGGUAAUGCUUUACAGGCCGCUGCAUCUUCUGGAAGCACUGAGAUAGUUCAUCUACUUCUCGACGCUCACGCGGAGGUAAAUGCCCAGGGUGGAUAUUACGGCAGUGCUCUACAGGCUGCUGCAUGGGAAGGAAGCUCUGAGAUAGUUCGUCUACUUCUCAACGCUCAUGCGGACGUAAAUACCCAGGGUGGUAAAUACGGUAAUGCUCUUCUGGCUGCUAUACAGCAAAGAAACCUUGAGAUAGUUCAUCUACUUCUCGACGCUCAUGCAGAUGUGAAUACCCAGGGUGGCUAUUACGGCAAUGCUCUACAGGCUGCUGUAUGUGAAGGAAGCUCUGAGAUAGUUCAUCUACUUCUCAAUGCUCAUGCUGAUACGAAUGCCCAGGGUGGCUUUUACGGCAAUGCUCUACAGGCUGCUAUAUCUUCUGGCAAAACUAAGAUAGUUUCUCUACUUCUUAAUGCUCAUGCUGAUGUCAAUACCCAGGGUGGCCAUUACGGUAAUGCUCUACAGGCUGCUACAUGGAAUGGAAACUUUGAGAUAGUCCGUCUACUUCUCGAUGCCCAUGCUGAUGUGAACGCCCAGGGCGGCUAUUACGGCAAUGCUCUACAGGCUGCUACACAGAAAAGAAGCUCCGAGAUAGUUUGUCUACUUCUCGACGCUCACGCUGACGUGAAUGUCCAGGGCGGCUAUUACGGUAAUGCUCUACAGGCUGCUGCGUCUUCUGGAAGCACUGAGAUAGUUCAUCUACUUCUUGACGCUGACGCGGACGUGAAUGCCCAGGGUGGCUAUUACGGCAAUGCUCUACAGGCUGCUGCGUUUUUUGGAGAAACUGAGAUGGUCCAUCUACUCCUCGACGCUCAUGCUGACGUGAAUGCCCAGGGUGGCUUUUACGGUAAUGCUCUACAGGGCGCUACUGCCUCACACAGUGAAAGCGACGAGAAAAUCAAGACCCUUCUCGAUGCUCACGCCAAUGUAAAUGCACAGGGUGGCUAUCACGAUAAUACCCUACAGGCUGCUGUGCUAACUGGUAGAAUCAAGACAAUCAAGAUGCUUCUCAAAGCUGGCGCCGAUGUGAGUAUAAAAGGUGGUAUACAUGGAUCUGCUCUGUUAGCAGCUUUUCAUAUGGAAUCUUCUGAUAUAGUUCAACUUCUUCUUCAUGCUGGCGCAGAUAUGAUCCUUCCGGAUGGACUUCACCGCACUCCUCUUCAUCUUGCAGCUUCCAGUGGUAUGCUCCAUAUUCUCCAACGAUUUCCAGAACUCACUUCUGCCAUUCAUAAUCGCGACAAACUCCUACAGACACCUCUUCAUCUAGCUGUUACCUCCGGCCAUGAAGAUGUUGCUAAAAUGCUUCUCCACCUUGGUGCCGACCCUUCUCUUCAAGACGGAUAUGGCAGACAUGUCAUGGACUAG